GUAUAAGUGAGUAUAUAAGGAGAUCAAGUAUUAAAAAAAUGCUUAGUAUACCUUGAAGUGUAUAUUGGUGUGUGUGUUUGUGUUCGGUGAUUUGUCAUUUCCCUUUUUCGGUUGUUGUUUUCAAACCGCGGCCGAGACUUUAAGCCGGCGAUUACGGAAAUGCAAGCCAAUAUAGGACAAAGUUUGGAGCCAUCCAUGUCAAUUGCGAAGAAAGUGAAAAAAUUAACGCUCAUUAGGAAGAAGGAGUUUUAUAUGAUCAGUGGUUGCGCCGUUCUGGUGGUUUUGAUAGCGUUAUCCGCCUACGCUUUGACCAAGUUGCAUCGUUUGCAGGAUAUUUGUUUGACGGAAGAAUGCGUGCAAUCAGCUUCGUAUAUGAUGAAGUCGAUGGACCGGACGGCGAAACCCUGCGAAGAUUUUUAUCAGUUCGCUUGUGGCAAUUGGAUCAAGACACAUGCAGUACCAAGCCAUUUGGCGUUUUACGACGUAAUGGUGUCGAUACGUGAAAAAGUCUCGUCGGAUCUCACGAGAAUUUUACAGAAGAAAAUCGACGAGCACGAUGACGUCCCGGAAAGCUACCGGAAAGCCAAGCGUCUCUUCGACACUUGCAUGGACACCGCCACCCUGGAUAAAAAUGGAAUGGAACCCAUUUAUGAUGUGCUCAACAAAACGGGACUUACGAGAUAUCCACCGGUGAACGAAACGUCCCAGAAAUUUGAUUGGCUCUACACCAUUGUGAGGGCCAAGAGGCUUUUGGGACUCGAUCUUUUCGUGAGCUCGUACGUCUCCACCGACGUUAGAAAUACCACUGUUAACAAACUAGUGGUCUCUCAGGUCGCUCCGGGUUUCAAGCAGUUAUACUUGCUCGACCCAAAGAAAUUUUCAAACGAAAUAAACAUAUAUAAAACUUUUAUCUCCAACAUGACUAUCCAGUAUGGCGUUAAGUUCCAAAACACUACAGAGUUCGCAAACGACGUCGUCAAUUUCAUGAUCAAAAUCGCACAAGUCAUGACCGGAAACAAAAUUCGCCGCUCACCAGCCCAUCUCUUUUUCGAUGUCACACUUCACGAUCUGGCCGAAGGACCCAAAGGUGCCGUUUCCUGGAAAAUUUUCGAUUGGCGUCGCUAUCUAAAUAUGCUAUUUAAUGACACCUCGGUUGUUCUGAAUCCUAAAAUCGAUAUGGCCAUAAUAACAGAUUUAGAAUACGUGAAAAAGCUUUCGGUCCUGCUGAAUAAAACAGACGACGUCACCAUCGAAAAAUACUUGUGGUGGAGGAUUUUUUUGAGCACGGCCGGCAACACGAAAAACGAGUUUAGGAAACUGGAGUUCAACUUGUUGCAGGACUUCUUCGACACCACGAAACCCCAGUCCAGGGCCACGCAUUGUACGCUGAGCGUGAAAAACAAUUUCGGAAUGGCCCUGGGUUACAUGUAUUUGCAAUCGAAUUUGAAAAAAGAAAUUCAGACGGCGGCGGUCGCCAUGAUGGAAAACAUUAAGCUGGCCUUCGAGGAGGACGUCGUCCAGCACGCGUGGAUGGACGAGGCGACGCUGCAGCACACGCUGGAGAAAAUACGUGCGAUGAAAUUGUUCGUCGACAUACCGAACGAAAUCAUGAAUCGCACCAAGUUGGAUUUGCUUUACAAAAAUGCCACCGUCGUCGGCGAGGACUUGACCAAAACGUACCUGAACCUGACCUACGCCAACGUCAAAUUGAAUUUGGAAAGUCUCAGGAAAAGGCCGAACAAAGAUUUGUGGGCGUUUUCGCCCAUUGUUGUUAACGCACAUUAUUCGGUGGGGAGGAACGCUGCAAUCGUACCAAGAGGAAUUUUACAGCCACCGUUCUUUGGAAAUGGGCUAAAGACCAUCGAUUAUGGAUCAAUUGGGGCAAUAAUGGGCCACGAAAUAAUCCACGGAUUCGACGACCAAGGACGAAAAUACGACAAACAAGGAAACCUGAACCAAUGGUGGACGAACUCAACCCUGCAGGAGUACAACAAAAAAGUGAAAUGCCUCAUCGACCAAUACAAUCAAUAUUAUCUACCGGAACUGGGCGCAAAAUUACGGGUCGACGGUUUCAAAACGCAGGGGGAAAAUAUAGCGGACAAUGGCGGCAUCCGAAUAGCAUUUAAAGCGUAUAAAAGGGAAAGAUUUUAUUCGAGCUCCAACAACAGGUUACCGGGACUUCUGGAAUUCACCCCCGAGCAAUUAUUCUUCCUCGGUUACGCACAGGUGUGGUGCGCUAAUGGUACGUCCAAGUACAUGAAGGACUGGAUGUUUAACGAAGUACACAGUCCGAAUCGAGUCCGUGUAAUCGGAACACUGGCGAAUUACGAGGAGUUCGCGAAAGCAUGGAACUGCCCUGCGGGCACGUCGAUGAAUCCCAUUCAGAAAUGUCGUGUUUGGUAAAAAAAAAUUUACAUGUAUUGUUUAAGUGAUUGGUUUAUUUUUAAUUAGCAGUUUUGACCGGACAGUUGAUAAAUUAUUUCGGUCUCAAACAACUGAUCCGGUCGAAAUGACAUAACUCUAAAAAUAAGUUUUAUUAUUAACAGACUCAUUGUGAUUUUACUGUUUGUGAUAUUCAGUAUUAAUAAACGUCUAAGUAUGAUGUUGUUUAA